CCAUUUGGUGCUCUGCUUUAGGCAGCAAAAACCAUCUUAGGCCAGAAUUGAGAGACUGGGCCUGACUCUUCAAGGGCAGUGGUGACAGGCUGUGACAUCACAGGGCGACCUCAGAGCUGAGGUUCUAGAAGUCAGAUGAACUGCCAACACUGGGUGGGGUGCAUUGCCUGCUGCAACUUGCUAGGCUGUUUAAGAACUUUGUGGUGGCCCUGGAGAGGUUCAGGCAGGCAUUUGGGCAAAGGUAGGCUCCUCAUUCUGCUAGUUAGCACUGUAUGGCUUCUGGAGCUAUAGACUCAGCAUCUUGAAGACGAAAAUCUGAGGCCUAAUUCUUGCCUACGUUAGAAGUCCCACUACGCUAAUUUGAAAUGGAUUUGAACUCUACCCUCAUCAGGCAAACCAUGCUAGAUCUGGUCAGCCUGAAAAAGUCCUCUCUUCCUCCUGCUUAGCAACAGGGACAGCAGGACCAGGACGCUGGGAAGAGAUGAAGGCUCUUUUGCUGCUGCCCCUUAUGGCCUGCCUUGUGGUGAAAGUCCGUAGCAAGAUCUACAGUCGCUGUGAGCUGGCACAGACACUGAAACGCUGGGGAAUGGAUGGGCAUGAGGGCUACAGCUUAGCUAACUGGAUCUGCUUGGCGUACUUUGCAAGUGGCUUCAACACAGAAACUGUGAUGCAUAACUCAGAUGGCAGCUCCGAAUACGGCAUCUUCCAGAUCAACAGUCGCUCCUGGUGUGCUGACCGACACACUCAAUCAAAAAACCUGUGCAGCUUAUCUUGCUUUGAUCUACUUACUGAAGAAAUUAUUGAUGACAUAAUCUGUCUCAAGCGAGCUACAGCUGAACCAGAAGGCUUGGCAGACUGGUAUGGCUGGAGAGAUCAUUGCCGCGGCAGAGAUCUGAGUUACUGGGUCGCUGCCUGCAAUUUGUGAAUUAAUAGCGCCGUCCAUGGAAUUCAUGUCCUGCAAGUCACCCUGCCUACCUACGUCUUAUCUUCAGAUGUAAUUCCACAAUGUAAUCUGAUUGAAGCCAUAACGCUAUUUUGAUAAAUAAACUCCAUUCCCAGACAA